AUGCAAACUCUUGUAGAAGCUGAACUUUGUUUUCCACAUCUACUCAAUGCAUCCUGCAGGAAGACCGUGCGUCCUCGCUCAGUUUCCAUGCUCAAUUACUUUACUCUCUCCUCCAUCUCUCUGCUCACUGUGACUCUUAACAUGCUGGUUAUCAUCUCCAUCUCACACUUCAAGAAGCUCCACAGCCCCACCAAUGUUCUCCUCCUCUCUCUGGCGGUCUCAGAUUGCAUGGUGGGCUUCCUCAUUGCUCUUCAAAUCAUGCUCAUAGACGACUGCUGGUAUCUUGGUGACCUCAUGUGUGUCCUGUACCUUGUUUUUGACUAUGUUGUUUCUUCUGCCUCAAUAGGAACGAUGGUUCUAAUUUCUUUUGACCGCUAUGUGGCCAUUUGUUACCCUCUUUAUUAUUCUAGAAAAGUUACAACGGAAAGAGCAAAGAUAUGCGUUGUGCUGUGUUGGACAUGUUCUCUUCUUUAUCAGUGUCUUCUCCUGAAGGACAACCUGUAUCAGCCCGGCAGGUAUAAUUCCUGCACUGGAGAGUGUUUGGUUGUUAUUGAUACCAAUGGAGGGAUUCUUGAUCUUUUGUUUUCCUUCAUCGGUCCUGUCACUGUCAUCGUAGUUUUGUAUCUGAGAGUGUUUAUGGUGGCUGCGUCUCAAGCUCGUGCCAUGCGCUCUCGUGUUGUAGCCGUCUCAUUUCAGGGUUCGGUGAGAGUAACGGCUAAAAAGUCUGAAAUGAAGGCAGCGAUGGUUCUUGGGGUAGUUGUGGUCGUGUUUCUUACAUGUACCUGUCCGUAUUUCUGCGUGACAGUUGUGGCCCAGGAUGCUGGAGUGAACGCUUCCUCUGUAACCUUCCUUUUGUUUUACUGUAACUCCACUCUAAACCCUUCUAUCUACGCUCUGCUUUACCCCUGGUUUAAGAAAUCUGUGAAAAUAAUUGUUACGCUACAGAUACUGAAGCCUGGGUCCUGUCGCGCCAACGUGUUGUGA